CAAAACGGGGCGGAGUGUCAACAAAAGCUCACCGUGCUUCAUGCAUGCAGUUACCCAUAGAUACAUGUAGCGGCACUAGCUGGUAACCUCUACCCUCUUCACGAUGGAGGAUCUCCUACCGCUGCCUCCUGAAGUCUGGGUCUACAUCUUCAGCUUCCUGAGCACCGAGGAGAAACACUCGGUGCGCUUCGGCUGCAGACAGCUGAAAAUGCUCAUCGACCAGCCGUCCCUGUGGAAGGAUCACACCGUGGUGCUGUGCGACCUGCGCCGCUACACGUACGGCUUCUGGGACAUGCUGCGCCACCGCAAACUCACCCGGGUGGCGGUGCGACAUCUGCGGCGUAAAGAGUGGCGGCGCCUCGUCAAGUUCCUGCCGUCCCUCACUGCUGUGCUGUUCGCUGACGGGGGGAGGAAAUACAAGGGGAAAUACAUGGAGAACCUGGCCCACUUUCCCCAGUUGAAGGACAUUGGGGUGAGGAACGGCACCUGGGAGGAGCCCAUGCUGGGGGGUAAUCUCACCCAGAAGCUGCAGGAGCGUCUGACUCACCUGAGUGUGUGUAACGUGAGGCUGCCGUGCACCGUGGAGUUCAUCACCGCCGUGUCGCAGCUGGUCAACCUGCGCUUCCUGCUCUUCCAUCAGCAGGGGGAGGGCUACGGGCUGGACACGGUGAGGCCGGUGCCCUGCGCCGUCUUCCACAAAAUGCUGCUGAGCCUGAAGAAGCUGAAGCACCUGUCCUGGGGGAUGAGAGGGGAGCCGCCUGAGCCUCUGCCGAACGACUACCUCAGUCCAUCUGACCCGGAGCACCCAGGAGUUCCCCGGUAUGGCGGUCCAGCGCUGACCAGUCUGGAGCUGGUGGAUUACCCAGAAACCAUCCUGCCGGAGAACGCGCUGAGGAGCUUGACCUCGCUGAAGUCGCUGACUGUCCGCUACAGAUACAUCAGAGAGGGCAUCGAGUGCCGCCUCACGUCCUGGCUGAGUCCGCUCCAACAGCUGGAGACGCUCACCAUCAUCGGCGGUAACUCUCUGGCCGCCUACACCACCACCAUCCCCUCUAGUGUGUCCCGGCUGACGCUGCGAGUGGCCAUAACUCUGAAGGACAUGGACUCCAUCGCACCCAAAGUCCCGUCUCUGGAGCACCUGGACAUCGAGCAGAACCGGUCCAGCGGCAGCCUCUGCAGACGCAUCCCCAUGCUGUUCCCCCAGCUCAGGACGCUCAGGAUACGGUUUUUCCGCAGAGAGCCAGAGAAGGACCUGCUGAGCCUCCACCGGCUGCGGCACCUGGUGCAGCUGGAGCUACUGGUGGAGCGCUCCUUCAUCCUGAGGGACUACCUGAACGGUCACCCCUGGCCCAGCCCCUGCGUACAGGAGCACAUCAACCAGCUGCGAGAGCUGUCGGAGAACCGGAUCACCGUCAUCACCACGAUGCGCCGGAGGACCCCGCUGCGGGAGUGUGACUGUGUGUGGGAGGGUGACUGAAGAGGGGGCUUUAACCCUCAGUAAUAGGAAGACUUCAGAACGGUUUGAAGACUGACGGAACUGAGACGUUCUCUUCAGACUUUAAUGCAUCAUAUAAAAUCAUGAUUCUUUUGGACAAUCAAUCAAAUAUUACAGCAACGGCUGCCAUCAUUUUGACUCGGAACCCCUUGAAGAUGAAGCACUGAAAUGUACUAGAUGCAGGGUCCACUUCAGCAACAGUGAUCACGAAUUAGAAAAACUCAAUCAGUGUGUUAACCCCUCAUUCAAAGCUGCUUUUCCUCAAGUGGUGAAGUUUCAAAUGACAGAACAAACUAAUAGUGGAACGUUUCUUAUAAGUUCAAUGUGAACCCUCUGCAGGAGUGGCACUGAAGUCAAUAUGACCGCUGAAAAAGGCCAGACCAGAACUCUGUUUUGUUGUACUGAUGUUAAACGCACAUCAUACUGAAUGAAUAAUGAAAACGGCAGGUAUGGGAGAUGUUGCAUUAACCAGGUAAAAAUGGCUUUUAGAAGUAUAGAAAAUAAAUGUCUGUUAUCCGAGCCUGGCUCAGAUAAAGACAUGGUAUUAUUCUAAAUAAACUAAAACCCAGUGAGACUCGGGUCAGUUAUCAGGCCUGGUUUAUGUUUCUGUUUUUGCUCUUGUUUAUGGACACUUUAUUUUGAAUUCUUUGUUUGGUUUUUAAGUUUCUGUAUGUUUUCUUUCUUAAAUGUUGAAUUAUAAACCAUAUCUUGGUGGUUAUUAUUAUUAUUAUUAUUACGUCCAAGCCUUCGUUUCAGAACCAAAUGGUUAAUGUGAGAAGUCUGUCUUGUAGUGUUGAACGCACAGUAAACGUUCCCCCAAAGACUUAAUGGUACCUUGUUUGCCGCAUUUCUACUGCAAAGAUACGUAUGGACUUGCAGGAGGCUUUAUGUAUUGAACAGGCUUUCAGUCAUCAGUUGAAUGUUUUCUUACUGUUUAUUACAAACUACUGAUUAUUGCUCCAAACUUCAUUGUUUGUAUAUUUCAGUAUGUCAAACGUACCCACCAGUAAUAAAUAGUCUUGUCUAACGGACCCACACUUCCACGCUCCUUUUUCUCUUUGCUAUGUUCGAAUGUCUUUUUCAUUGAUGUAAUAUCUGUUAUUGCCUAUAGUUAAACACAAAGAGUUUGGCAGUGACUUUAUUAUUUAUGCAGUGUAGCAGCUAUGCAAAUGAAAAAUAAAGAAGCAGAUUUCAUGUUUUCUAGGUCCUAAAGUACAGAAAGUUAAACUGGAUUCAUUUCUGUAUUUAUGAAUUUUGUUUCAUUCACAAUAAAAUGAUCCUGAAUUUCA